UGCACGUUUGUUUUGAUUUUGUUUUUGGGCAACUUUGAAAUGGACCACGCGAUGAGCGAUUUGAAGGAAUUCAUCACAGAUUUGGUUGUUCCGCAUCACCGCAGAAGCGUCAACAUCAACCAGGACCACAUCACCAUGCUGGAGGGCAGUAAGAUCAAGAAGCAGCACUCCCGCAAGCGGCGUGCCCACAAAUCCACGACUCUCAGCCGGAAGGAGUACGCGAAGCUCGGAUUGAAUACACUGCCCACCAAGCAGAUGAAGUACGAGGAAGCCCUGCCGCUGCAUAAUCUAUGGAAAGGCUAUGUCCGCGAACACCUGGCACUGCGAGAGGGCGGUGAGGUGCCCGAAGUCCACGAUCCCCGCUACGAUGAGUUCAGCAAGCAGCUGGUAAAACUGGAUUUGCACGGCGCCAAGUUGAGAGUCACUCAGUCCAAGUGCAGCACGCUGGAGAACCUUUCCGGUAUCUGUGUGAUGGACACCAAGAAUGUGCUGAAGCUGCUGGGCAAGGAUCAUCGUCUGCGAACCGUACCCAAGAGCGAGUGCGUUUUUGGCCUGAAGGUGGGCAACAUGGAGUUCACCAUCUUUGGACAGCAUCUGAAUAUCCGACCGGCGGAGCGUAGUGUUAAGAAGAUCAAGAACUUUGUGGAGCCCUUCAUGUAGGUGGUUAAGGGAUUGUAUUUAGUAUGAAGAAUCAAAUAUAAGUAGCCUAGGUCUUGUUUUCCAGUGGAAAAUAUCCUGAAAUCCCUGGAUUUUUAUGGAAAAAAAAGCUACAUCUUUGCCAAAGCUUUAUGUUUUCAUUUUUCCUUUUUAAUACAUAUAUAAAACCGUA